AUGUCACAGGAAGCAACGGCAACAACAACAACAACGCUCAUAGCGCGCGGAAGUGAGCUGGCGCUCUCUAGCUUUCAAGAAUGCCUUUUUAGGGCGGCAAGGCUCCAUCCGCGGGAGUAUACACUUUUUGAAGAUCAACUUGCCAGGUUUUCUAUCUGGGCAUCCGACAUUGGUGUCUUUGCUUCGGGGAGAGCCUCCAUAGAUCACCGCCUUCGCGAGGUCCCCGACGUUGCUGACGCCGUCACGAGCCUCCUAGAAAAUGUGACCUACGGCAUGAAGGAGUGUUCACUUGUUCUUGAGAGUAUAACAGGUUCACAAAGCCAGACAAGUGAAGAUGCUUUGACCGAUCCGGAUCCAAGGCUGGUCUCGUCUGUCCAAGCCGUGGCUGACGAGAUAAGCAUGCUUUACCGGCUUUCGAACACUAUUCGAAGAGCCAGCAGAGAAUCUCACAAUCUCAAGGUAGCAAAAAUUUCUGACGCACCAGACAACGAUGGAAAUGACUCAGAGUCAAAGCUUCGUGAGGUUUAUUGCAGCUACAUCCGCGGACAAUUUCCCAGCAUCCAGGACAGUCUCUGUGAACGCCUUGCGUCUUCCAUGAUUAUCCGACGCAGAAGAAUCCUUUACAGGAGAUUUCACUACGGCUCUGGAAUCCGGACCCAUGAAAUUAUAUCGCAGCCGCUGAUACAAUUGCCUCAGAAUCAGCGUCAAGCUCUCGCUGGACCUGGAGCCGCAAAAGCCUCCCAACCAGUCAUGGGCCAGACACCAGCCAAGAGCGACUUACAGUCUCAGGCAGUUAGUGCCACCACCUUGUCUGUUAAUGCCUACAAGAACGCCCCAGCGCCACCCGUAAUGUCAACCACAAAGUCGAUUCCCCUUGGUAGCCAUGAGGACCUCGUUUUCCCACCACCCCCAAACGAGAGGAUCAAAAGCCGAUACAAAGCGCUUGAAAGGCAGCGACGCCAACUUCAUAAGGAAUUUAUAAACUCCCUUUCUGGCUUAGUAUCGGUUUCAGAGCGACAAGAGCAGAUAUAUCAAGCUGAAACCGAACUCCAGGUUAACCUUGAAUUGGAUUGGCGUGAAUGCUGCAAGGCCGUCCCCGAGCUGACCUGCCCUUUUUGCCUCUAUGUCCUUCCCAGCCUUUCCGUUGGCGACGACAAGAAAUGGAAGCAUGUGACUGUCAGCCUGAGAACUACACGGUGGACGGAUGCUAACCACUGGUAUAGGGCCCAUGUCACCAGUGACCUCGAUGCGUACGUAUGCUUGUUUGACAAGUGCGAUAGACCUGAACAACUGUAUCACCACAGUAGCGAUUGGUUGAAGCACAUGCGCAGCCAUACCCUACGUUGGCGCUGCAAGGCGAAGUCGCACAAACCACAGAUCUAUCCUACAGAGAACGAAUACAUAGAACAUAUGAGAGAGUUCCACCCUGGUUCUUUCACAGAGCCGCAACUUCGCGCACUCGCCGACGCGAAUGCCCGGUCGAUCGGUCCUAUGUUCCAAGCGUGCCCAAUGUGUGGUACAGAAGCAGAAGGAAACUCCUUGGAAGACCACAUCGUAGGCCACCUGAGGUUGCUUGCACUGAGAUCCCUGCCACCGCAUGUAAGCCAGGUCCUUGACAGCCCUGAUGAACAGGAAGACUCGACAGACGAUCGUGUGAUUCAAGAAAUGCUGGAAUACAAGCGGAAAGUCGGAGAAGUCUCUCUUCGCACAACGGGAAUUGCUCCAGUGACAUCAUCAUCAUCAUCAUCAUCAUCAUCAUACAAUCAGAACGCUGCCCGAGUUGUAACAGAUGACAACAUCAAAAAUAAUGCCGUAGAUGGUGUGCAAGAAGCCACGGCUGAACAGACGCAUCAGACACCGCAGCCACAGGAGAGUACCCUGAAACUCAAGAAUCCAGAAACACUCCCCAGCUCGAACGAAUUACCCACUGUUAUGGAUAGGAAUAUGAGCAAUUCUGGCCUCAAGUCUCGAAACACGAUGCCGCUCAAAGCCCGAUUCGAGUGGAAUAAUAUUGUCAAACAUCGUUAUGAGAAGGUUGAUAUACUCAUCAAGUACCUGGACGACGAGUUUGGCUCCAAGAAUUACAGGGUCAAUGAUAAGAAUCGCCCCGGAAUUCAAAUUUGGCUCCCCAACAAUAAGAAACUGACAGAGAAACAAAUUGCGACCAUUCACAGGAAAUAUGUUGAGGCGCAUAGAAAGGAGAAUGCGGACGACAGCGAUUAG